AUGUACGGCUACUCGGCCUCCGGUGGCGCAGCCCAAGGAGCUCAACCAGGCUACCCCUGGACCCAAUCGACUGCCGCUAGCGCACAGUGGCCCCAGAACCAGACGCAACCACAACCGCAAGCCGCAGCUGCGACGGCAGCUGCAACAGCGGAUCCUAACUCGGCGGCGGCUGCAGCUGCUCUGCAGCAAGCGUGGGCUCAAUACGCUCAACAGCAAUGGCAAGGAUAUCAGACACAGAGCGCCGCACCGACGGGGGCAACCGCUUGGAGUUCGUACCCUCAACAGAUGGCGCCGACCGAGAGUCUGGAAACGUUCCAACGUCAGUUCGACGAGUGGGAGAGCAAUUACAACAAAUGGCUCGAUGAGAACCGGAACCAUCCCGAUCGAGAGGCAUAUAACAACUUCGUUCAGCAAGCCAGCUCGUUACGACAGACAUUGCUGCAACGAAAAGAGCAGUUGAAACAGCAACACGCGGCCGCGGCUGCAGCGGCGGCGGCGGCAGCAGCGGCUUCGACUCAAUGGCCCCCUCUGCACGCUCCACCUGUCCCCCCAACGCUGAACGGUAUGCAACAACAGCAACAACAAAACGGGUCUCGUUUCGAUGGGGGCGGAUCGAGGUUUUCGGACAAGGAUCGCCCGCCGCGCUUCGACGACAGGGGACCAGGGGCCGGGGAUCGGGAUCGAGACAGAGAUCGCGACGACGAUCGAUUUGCACGCAGGGAUGAGAGAGACCGGGGCGGUCCAAGAAGAUCUCGUUUCACCGAUGCCGAUGAAGAUCGAUCGGGUAACGCUAACAAGGAACCUCUCGGUAGACCGAUCGGUGCCGGCCGGAACGACGGUCAACCAGACGCUCCUCUAGGUCUACAAGAAAAAAUGCUGGCUAUGGCAGGCAUGCAGCCAUCGUCCGCGGCGUCGAGAGGAGGUCCGCGUGGUGGACCCGGCUUCGGAGGACCUUUCGGUGGCCCCGGAGGAUCGACAGGACCCGGAGGCCCUCCAGGACCUGGCGGGCGCGGGGGUGGUUUCGGUGGAAUCCGCAGACCCAACGAUGAUUUGGACGGAGGACAAUUAGAAGCGAAGAAGUCUCGUUUCGACGAUUUCGAGGAUAGGAAGGCUCCAUGGGACGGUCCCCCCCGAGGACGUGGAGGUCCUCCGCCGAUGGGCCGGGGCGGAAUGAUGCGCGGAGGCCCCGGAAUGGGUAGAGGCGGCGAUCUCGACGGCCCCAUGCGCGGUGGCAUGAUGGGUCGAAGCGGUGGCAUGCCAGACGGACCCCCAGGACGCGGGGGUCCCCCGAUGAGAGGUGGUCCCUUCGGUAUGAGAGGGCGUGGAGGUGGUCCGGGCGGACCGAAUGGAGACGGUCCGAUGCCGUUCGAAGGCGGUUUCCGAGGUCGAGGAGGCCCUCCAAACUUCAUGAGAGGACGCGGCGGUCGCGGUGGAGGACCCAUGGGUGGGUCCGGAGGCCCCAACGAUGACUUCGGAGGACCACCAUCCUUCAUGGACGGCCCGAUGCCCCCCUGGAUGAACGGACCGCCUGGAUUCAGUGAUGGUCCGCCGAUGCGCGGAGGCCGCGGUGGCAUGCGGGGCAUGGGACCGAGCAGAGGAGGCCCACCAGGAAUGAUGAUGAUGCGCGGAGGCAUGAGAGGUGGUCGAGGAGGUCCACCGUUCAGAGGAAGAGGCCGCGGUGGAGGACCACCUGGCGGAGGCGGCCCCGGAUCUGCAGGACCCCCCGGGACCGAGGCUCGGAAAGACGAAUCAAGUUCUCCCAAUGAAGAGUCUGCCGCCAUUUUCGAGUACGGCCCCCCUUCCGAGACCGAUCAUCGAACGAUGGCUGCUCCAGUUGAUCCUAUGGAACCCAUCGCCUCCAGCUCAGAAAGAUCGUGCAGCGUUACUUCGGAAGCCGUUCCGAGUAAACCCGAACUUCGGUCAGCGGCCGAGAUCUUCCUUCACCCGGGACGAGUCGCCAGGCCGGCCAAAUUGGCGAUCGUUCUCCGGGGCCUGCCCGGAUCCGGAAAAAGUCACUUAGCCAAGACCCUGAGAGAGCUCGAAGCCAAACACGGAUCUGGGGAGCUUCGAGUUCUGUCCAUCGAUGAUUACUUCCUAGUCGAAGGCGAUGUCGAAACCGAGACGCCGACCGGGAAGAAAACCCAAAAGGGGAUGAUUUACGAAUACGAUAGUGAAAUGGAGUCGACUUACGAGGCUGCUCUUCUAAAAUCAUUCACCAAGCAAUUGGAAGCCCGACAUUUCGAUGUUCUUGUCGUAGACGCACCAAAUGAGAAACUCUCGAAGGUCGACAGCUUCGUGGGCGCUGCGAAAGAACACUCGUACGCGAUAUAUAUCAUGGAGACCGAUAUCGACGAUCCUCGGCUUUGUUCCGAGAGGAAUGUACAUAAGCGGUCGCUGGAAAGCAUUGAGAAGAUGAAAGCGGAAUGGGAAGAGCUCACUGGGGCGUACGUGGCGUUGGAUCCAAGACCAUUGCUAGAAAGUGAGGACGAUAUCCAAGAAGUCGAGAUGGACGAAGCGCAACAAAGCGACGAGCAAUGUCGCUUGGAUGGAGGUGGUGAAGCGAAACUCGAAGAGCCGACUGGAGAAGCGACCUUCGUGCCAAGCAAAUGGGAGAGAAUGGAGAAAACCGAGGCAGAAUUAUCGCGCUUGGAUGGAAUAAAGAAGAAAUCCGCUGCUAUCACGAUGGACGAUUUCCUGACCGUGACAGAUGACUACGAGAUGCGUUCAACCAGUGGAAGGAAGAGAGUUCGGUGGGCGGAUAUCGAAGAGCGCAAAAGGAUCAACCGAGCGAAGGCUAUCGGUUUCGUAGUCGGCCAAACCAAUUGGGAUGCUUUCACAGAUCCCGAGAAGGAAGAAUCGAGCGCUCUGACUCAAACCAAAUACUUCUGAUAAGCUGGGUCGCUUUGUACAGAUUCGUUGGAGCUUCUCGCGCUCCAGGCAUCCUCACGGUCUAGAAAACGCAUGGCCGUGCGGCCUUAGAUCCGCUGACUCCCGAUUCUUAGGUAUCGUGCUGCGAAUAGUCCUCCCGAAACUGACGAC